ACACACACACGCUUCAUCCCCAUAUACCUCACAAAUACAACAACACACUAAACACCCGCUCCCAGUACCUUCCCCAAGAAACCAUGACCGAGCCAAGUCCCUCAGUGCCCUCCACUUCCGUCGCCGCCGCCGCUGGUACCGAAACCAAGGACAGCUGGUCGUCUCAAAAGUACGCCAAGAACGCGUCCUUCGUCCCCGUGCUCGGCGCGCCCGUCCUCAAACUCUUGGACCCCCAGCCGAACGAACACAUCCUCGAUCUCGGUGCUGGCGAUGGCGUCUUGACGAUCGAUCUCGAGAAGCGAUGCAAGUCUGUGGUCGCGAUUGAUUCGAGUGCGGAAAUGAUUGCGGCCGCGACGAAGAUUGGUUGCAAAGACGCUCAAGUCGUCGAUGGCCAUGAUCUGAUCGAGCAUCCGUUGGCGAAUGGGCAGUUCGAUGCUGUCUUUUCGAACGCCGCCUUGCACUGGAUGAAGAAGGACCCUGUGCGCGUCAUCCAGGGCGUGAACAAGUGCCUCAAGCCUCAGGGCCGAUUCGUCGCUGAGAUGGGUGGCCAUAUGAACGUAGCUGAAGUACGUUCACAACUCCACGCGGCCUUGAGAAAACGCGGUGUUGAUCCGGAGCCUUAUGAUCCUUGGUUUUUUCCUGGCGCCAAGACCUAUGCGCGUAUGUUGGAGGAAAAUGGGUUCAAGGUGGAUUCGAUCGAGUUGAUCCCGAGGUACACGGCCUUGUCGACGGAUGUGGCGGGAUGGUGUGAUACCUUCGGGUUCAUGUUCUUCAAGCCAUUUGAGGGCGAUGAGAAGCAGAGACAGGAGAUUUUGGAGGAGGUGCAGAGCAACUUGAGGUUCUCGCAGGAUGAGGGCGUUUGGUAUAUCAUGUAUGUGCGCUUGAGGUUCAAGGCGACCAAGAUCAACUAGGGCCACAUACUUCUCCCUCGACACGCAUGCCGCAUAGCUGCCAAUGUAAGAUAGAGCUGCCCAGUUCUAUCCACAGACUGUGCAGACGUGGAGCAAAAGUAAUAAAAUCCAAGGCAGCCAAUCAAAUUCCGAC